AUGAUUAAAUACAAACUAUACCACAAUGGUGCUAUAAGAAGCACUCUUUUCACUGAAGUUGCCAUUGGAAUCUUGACCAACAUCAUUCUUCUUCUCUUCCACAUCUUCUUCUUCCUUCUUGAACACAUGCUGAGUCCCACCAACCUAUUCAUUGGGCUCCUGGCCCUCACCCACCUAAUGAUGCUGAUAAUCAUGGGGAUCAUAGCUACAGACAUUUUUAUGCCUUGGAAGGGCUUCUGGAAUAGCAUCAUGUGUAAAUCACUUGUCUACUUAUACAGGUUGGUCAGGGGCCUGUCUAUUUGUGUCACCUGCCUGCUGAGUGUCCUCCAGGCCAUCACCCUCAGCCCCAGAAGCUCCUGUUUGGCAAAGUUCAAGCGCAAAUCCCCACAUCCCUCCCUGUGUGCGCUUGUUGUGCUGUGGGUCUUGUACAUGUCAGUGAGCAGUCACAUCUUCAUCUCCAUCAUCGCAACCCCCAAUCUGACCUCAGACAGCCUUAUCUAUGUCACUGAAUCCUGCUCUGUCUUGCCCAUUUCUUACACUCUCAGGCAGGUGUUUUCCUCGCUUCUGACCUUCCGGGAAUUCCUCCUCAUGGGCCUCACGUUCCUCUCUAAUGGGUACAUGGUCCUUCUCCUGUGCAGGCACAAGAGGCGGUCCCAGUAUCUUCACAGUGCCAGCAUUUCUCUGAAAGCAUCCCCAGAGCAAAGGGCCACCCGGACCAUUCUGCUGCUCACCAGUUUCUUUCUGGUGAUGUCCAUUUUAGACUACAGCAUCUCUGCUUCAAGAAUUAUGUGGAACAAUGACCUAGUUCUGUACUAUGUUGUUAUUCUGGUGGACCGUAGCUAUGCUGCAGUCAGUCCACUGGUGUUGAUCAGUACUGACAAGCGUGUGAUCAUCUUUGUGAGAACCGUGUGGGGAAGGACAGUAAAUGUCUAUUCAGGAAUGGAUAUAGUCUCAAGGUAG